CGCCUGGAGAGGGCGGAGCGAAGAGGGAAGGCUGCAGAGCCUGUGAGAGAGGGUGGGUCGGGGUUAGCUGCUGCGGGCGGGUCGGCGUGGAGAGCUGUGGGAGGUCUCCGCGUCUCCUGCCGCCGCCCUUCCUCUGCCACGAUGCCGGGGAUCGACAAGCUGCCCAUUGAGGAGACUCUGGAGGACAGCCCGCAGACAAGGUCUUUACUGGGUGUAUUUGAAGAAGAUGCUACAGCUAUUUCCAACUAUAUGAACCAGUUGUAUCAAGCUAUGCAUCGGAUUUAUGAUGCACAGAAUGAAUUAAGUGCAGCAACACACCUGACUUCAAAACUUUUAAAAGAAUAUGAAAAACAGCAUUUUCCAUUGGGGGGUGAUGAUGAAGUUAUGAGCUCCACUUUGCAACAGUUCUCGAAAGUUAUAGAUGAGCUUAGCUCUUGUCAUGCGGUUCUUUCAACGCAGCUUGCUGAUGCCAUGAUGUUCCCCAUUUCCCAGUUUAAAGAAAGAGAUCUGAAAGAAAUAUUGACAUUAAAGGAAGUGUUUCAGAUUGCUAGUAAUGACCAUGAUGCUGCAAUUAAUAGAUAUAGCCGAUUGUCAAAAAAAAGGGAAAAUGACAAGGUGAAGUAUGAAGUAACAGAAGACGUCUACACUUCCAGAAAAAAACAACACCAGACCAUGAUGCAUUAUUUUUGUACAUUAAAUACUCUUCAAUACAAAAAGAAAAUAGCAUUGUUAGAACCUCUACUUGGGUAUAUGCAAGCUCAGAUAAGUUUCUUUAAGAUGGGUUCUGAAAAUCUCAAUGAACAGCUGGAAGAAUUCUUAACGAAUAUUGGAACAAGUGUACAGAAUGUUCGCAGGGAAAUGGAUAGUGAUAUAGAGACCAUGCAGCAAACAAUAGAGGAUUUGGAAGUAGCCAGUGACCCUUUAUAUGUGCCUGACCCAGAUCCCACGAAAUUUCCUGUGAAUCGAAACUUAACCCGAAAGGCUGGAUACCUCAAUGCUAGGAAUAAAACAGGCUUGGUGUCAUCCACCUGGGACAGACAGUUUUUCUUCACUCAGGGUGGAAACUUAAUGAGUCAGGCCCGUGGGGAUGUAGCAGGAGGCCUGGCCAUGGACAUAGACAACUGUUCAGUGAUGGCUGUGGACUGUGAAGACAGGCGGUACUGUUUUCAGAUCACCUCUUUUGAUGGAAAAAAAUCUUCAAUUUUGCAAGCAGAGAGUAAAAAAGACCAUGAAGAGUGGAUCUGUACAAUAAACAACAUAUCUAAACAAAUAUAUUUGAGUGAAAAUCCAGAGGAAAUCGCUGCACGAGUAAAUCAAUCAGCUUUGGAAGCUGUUACUCCUUCCCCAUCUUUCCAGCAGAGGCAUGAGAGCCUGCGGCCAGCGGGACAAUCUCGACCACCGACAGCUCGAACCAGCAGUUCAGGAUCCUUGGGAUCUGAGUCCACAAACUUGGCUGCUCUCUCGCUAGAUUCUCUCGUUGCCCCAGAUACCCCCAUACAGUUUGACAUCAUUUCUCCCGUGUGUGAAGAUCAGCCUGGCCAGGCGAAAGGCUCUGGCCAGGGAGGCAGGCGUACAAAUCCAUUUGGAGAAUCUGGAGGAGGCACAAAAUCUGAAACUGAAGAUUCUAUUCUUCAUCAGUUAUUUAUUGUCCGAUUCCUUGGUUCUAUGGAGGUAAAGUCAGAUGACAAUCCAGAUGUUGUUUAUGAAACAAUGCGCCAAAUCCUAGCUGCCCGGGCCAUCCAUAACAUCUUUCGUAUGACAGAAUCACAUUUAUUGGUCACUUGUGAUUGUUUAAAGUUAAUUGAUCCACAGACACAAGUUACAAGGCUCACGUUUCCAUUACCCAGUGUAGUUUUGUAUGCUACACACCUGGAAAAUAAGAGGCUUUUUGGAUUUGUUCUUCGAACAUCUGGAGGGAGAAGUGAAAGUAAUCUGUCAUCUGUCUGCUAUAUAUUUGAAUCAAACAAUGAGGGGGAAAAGAUUUGUGACUCUGUUGGACUGGCAAAACAGAUAGCUUUGCAUGCAGAACUGGAUCGUAGGGCAUCAGAAAAACAAAAAGAAAUAGAGAGAGUAAAAGAGAAGCAACAGAAAGAACUCAGUAAACAAAAACAAAUUGAAAAGGACUUAGAAGAACAAAGUCGCUUGAUAGCUGCCUCCAGUAGACCAAACCAAGCCAGUAGUGAGGGGCAGUUUGUUGUCCUUAGCAGUAGCCAGUCAGAAGAGAGUGAUUUGGGAGAAGAAGGAAAGAAGAGAGAGUCAGAAGCAUAAAUUUAUCCUUGCUUUUGGUUGAUAAUCCCCCCAUUGGAAUUUGUUGACAAUUUCUGUGGUGAAAUGGCACAAGGUAAAAACUAUGUUGAAAUAUCAAGGAAGAGACUAAAGUUUAUAUUUGCUUGUUUAACUUCAUUUUAAAAAAUAAGAUUGACCUUGAUGACUAAGGUUUGCAUUGACUUUUUUUACUUAAAAAUAAUAUACAAUGCAGUAACAUCAAAUUCCACAUGUCUAAAAGAAACCUCUUCAUUGUCCUGAAGUAGAUUGCUGAGGAAUUACACUUACGCAAGCCUUUUUUCCUUCAAAUUGUGAAUUUAUUAUCUUGCAUUGUACUAUAAAUGGCUUUGAGUGUAAAUAACCAUUUAUUCUUCAGCUUCAGAUAUUCACGGUUAUGCUCCCUCUUUCAUUAGGAACAUUUUGUUGGCAGUGAGGAAGCUUUCGACUGAAUAGGUUCAAAACCCUUUACACAGAGAAUUCUACCGGUUUGCAAAUAUUUUAACAAUAUUAAAUGUGCAAUAGAACUUUUAUAAAAUAAUUAUAACAGAUUUUAGACUUAAGGUUUUAAAUUGGGGCGGGAGGUACUGUUGAUUUCAGGGCACUUUCUUGGAUUGCUCCCAUUUCUCUGAUGUACUUCCACCUAAUGCCAGUGGGAAGGAAGCGUAAGUGUCUUCAGUUCAAUAUUGAUACAGCCCUUGGCAUUUUAUUAUCACAUUCUUAGUUCUCAGGUUGGGAAUUCAAUUAUUGCUGCAGAGCAGUAGUGGUUAAAAUAAGAUUUUGGAAUUUAUUAAAAGGGAUUUUUGUUUGUUUCUUGAAGCACAUUUUAGAUUAGGACUUAACAUGUAAAGAUAUUGUUACAGGAUAAUACAUUGUAUUUUCUGCAUUGAGUGAGAUAAUUUUUAUUGAAAAUCAGGUGACAUUUCAAAGGAAGUUCUAUAACAAUUAUGUUUUCUGCUUAAAGUAAAAAUUCCCAGAGAUUAGUUUAGAAAAUGUAAUCUUUUAAAUUUCAGACUGAUAACCACAGUAUUUUCAUAAUCCCAUGUUUUGAUAAAAUACUAAUCACCACUUUAUAUCCACAAAUGCAAAUAACUAAUAUAUGACAAUAGAAUGAUUUGCACUAAUUAUUGUAAAUACUUGUACUCUUGAAGUGAGUGAAAGGUCUAAUUCCAUGAAAGAUUGAAAUGAAAUUGAAUGCUUGGUAUAGGAAAGUUGACCAAGGAAGGAUUUUAGCCUGGUGUCAAGGUUAAAAUGACAUUUCUCUACUGCCUACUUCUAUGUCAAAAUUUGAUUUUUUUUCUUUACUCAGAUUUUAACAUUGCUGAUAGAAAUUAUGUUCCUGUGUUUCACAUGUAAAAGUAUAUAUAGACAAGUUAAAUAUAUUGAAUAAACUAUUUUACAUAGUCAUACAUUUAAAAUUUUCAAGAGAUUUGCCACUAAGACUAAUUUUACAAGGGAAAAUCAUUUUGUCCUUUUUUUAAUAUACAAUUUCUCUUAGUUCUAAAUUAGAAAUAGCAUCAGUUUUCUCACAAUACAGUGUGGCCAUUUCACACUGUAUGUACACUGUUUUCUGUAGGAAUGAGAUAGGUAUUCUUUUUAUCCUUGUGCCAAAUGGGAAUAAUGAUUACUUGAUAGUCAUUAUUUUGAAGCCUUAUGUUACUGAAACAUAUAGUGAAAAAGUAAAAAUUUAUGGAAUACUUUUUGAAAAAAGUUUAUUUUGUGCUUACUAAAGGGAAUGUUUUCACAAUAGUUUGUGUAUUAUUCCUUUUAUAGAAAUUGAAAUUUCUUCUGUGGUCAGCAUUUGAUUAGUUAUGGCAAGUCAUACUUUUUGAGACCUUUUUGAGAAUUAGUAAGUCUUUUUUUUAUACUAUUAAGUUGUCACCUCACUUAGCUCAGAUGAAACUUGUCACCCUACAAGGGAGGUGGUCAGCAUUAGGACACAGUUUUAGUAGGCUGGUGCUUUAUGUGGUGGCGAAGUGCUACCCUUGGUUAGCACUCUGGGUCAAAGUGUAUGUAGAGUUAAGGGUACUGAUAGACAUAGGGAUGCUGGACAGACUUACAGUUCCUUUUAAGUCAUGUUUUGAUAGGAAUUUACACAAUAAUACACCCAUGUCCAUAGGUCAGAGCGUCAGACCAAAGCACGUUCCAAUGCCAAAUACAAGUCACGUGUGGGUUUAAUAAUUUUAGAUGAUGCACCUUCUCUUCCAUUACUAUGGUACUAUACGAACUAUUCCAUUACUACAGAUAUUUAAGCAUCAACGUUAAUAGACUUCUUUUUGUUUAAAGAAGGCUGCUCAUGGGUUUCUACAUAAUGUUAAAGCUGACCUUUGUUAACCUUUGAAAUCCCCUUUAGUUCUGGGAUGCUUUGGUGUUAAUUGAAUUAGAUUUUGGGAUCUAGCUGAGAUUCAAAGCUAUGCUUAAUGGUUUUUUAUAAAUUAACAGAACCGAUUUCUUUAAAAGGAAAGAAAUUAAGUCUACCUAAUUCUGAUAUGCACUCUGCAUCCUAUAUCAAAAAUAGUUUUGUAACUAUAGUCAUGAAGUCAAUAGAUAGGAAACAAGUUAUUCCUUCUCCCUUUAAAAUUUUGAAAACUUGCUAAUAAGGGACUAAAACUUAACCUUGAAUAGAGUCCUCAAAGUCAGUCUAGUUUUUGCCAAGUCUACAAUGAUUACUUUGUAAUUUCAAAAGACUUCUCAGGCUCUACAAUCUAUGGGGUGAUAGAUUUAUUUUACCUUUAUGCUUGAGAAAAGGAUAGUAAGGUGUGCAUAACAUACUAUGCAACAUAAUCUUGUGUGAUAAAGGCAUUAGAAUUAAUUUUGACUUAUAUAUAGGAACUCAAAGUAUUUAAGAUUUAAAUCUUAAUUAUAAAUGCUGACAGACCCUGUGAACCCAUGUAUUACAAAACAUUCUGCUAUCUGAAUAAAAUGAAAAUAUUCACAUUGGUUUUAAUAACCUCCUAGCAUUUAAACUGUACUUUAAAUAUUCAAGCACAUUGUAGCAAGCAAGCCUUUCCAUUUUAUUUUUGGCAAGUUUAGCUUACUCUUCUUUCAUGAGAUUAUUUUGUUUUACACUAAUAAAUAAUACAUAAAAAUUUGAAACUGGAACUGUUAUUUUUAACCAAUAUUUUUCGGCUAUACUCAAUGUAAUUUACUUCAGUUAAUAUGAGAACUGGGGAUUAAGUUAUAACUAAUGUGCAAAACUGCUUUGUAUAUUUGGUGAUUUUGUGAUGUAAGUGAAUUGGGUAAUUUUUAUUUCUCUCAUACUAUUAAUCAUGCAGUAUUCAGUUAAAAAUCAUGCUACAUUUACCUUUAGAAUUGGAUUUGAAGAACUCAGCUUUAUGUAGUGGUGGUAUACAUGUGGGGUGGAGAACUUAUUUUUUCAUUUUGUCAGAAUAGAUAUUCCCUGAUAGGGCUUCAGGAAAUACGCUGUUAGGAGAUUUUUAAUGUAUAAUAAAGUCCAUGAUUUUGUACAGUCAUUUUUGUAUGAAAUAUUUGACAUAUAUUCUGAAUUUUAUUUCUCCAAGUAGUUUCAAAUGAUGCUUAUAAACAGUUGGACUUUUUCUUAAUCUGUUAUGACACUAUGAUUACACAUCUAACCCCACUGCAGUUCCGUAACAGCUAAAAUGAAAAAAAAUUGUCACUUAUUGAAAAGUAAUACUAAUUCAUUACUAGUGACUCUUUUAGAAAAAUAGGCUUCUCAGUAAUUACCCUAGACAUGUUACAGACAAUGUGACCAUGUAUACUUGCUAUGUUUGGUUCUAUUCAAAGAAAUUCCUAUAGUUUAAAGGGACAGGUUAUUGUGCACAACAGCGUAAGUGUCUUGGUCCUGUAGUUUUAAUUCUAAUGCAUAUUCAUCCUGUGUGCUCUUUACAGUUUCCUAUACCACUUACUAAGUUCUUUUCUUCUACUGGGAGUUUCUGUUCUAACUUGUUUUGAAUUUUAUAAAAUGUAUAUACACUUUUAGAAGGUCCAGGGAGUGGAUGAAGUUAACUUUAGAAUUAUGUAAUUUAUCUGAUAUAAGUGCAUGUAUCUCCUAAAUAUAUUUGUAUAUUGACAUACAUAUAAAUCACCACUCAUUUAUAAACAGUACAAUUUGAUUUAAAAAAAUAAAAACUAUUCAUGCCAGCUA